AGCACACACACACACACACUCCACAACCGCAACCCACAAACGCGUCACUCUUCUCGGCCUACGGACGACAGAGGACCCGCCGACGCCGGAGCCUCUUCCAGAGCUUUUGUCAAGCGACAUGUCGAUUGUUUUUCUAGUGGAAGGAGAGCGACUUUAGGCGGCUUGUGUGCUCCCGUUGCGGCUUCUGGAUACUUUGAAUUCAUUUCAGUUGCUGGGAAGGAGAAAGAACGUCAGGAGAUAAGCAAGCAAGCGAGCCGCCUCGGGCCCUCGCGUCUCGCCAAGCUGCAGCAUCCCCGGGGCCGAGCGGCGAGCCAGUGGGCCGAGCUGGGCGGCGCCGCAGUGAGCGCCUGUAGCAUGAUGUCCUACCUCAAGCAGCCUCCCUACGCCGUCAACGGCCUGGGGCUGAGCGGAGCCGCCAUGGACCUGCUGCACCCAUCCGUGGGCUACCCGGCGACGCCCAGGAAACAACGUCGCGAGCGGACCACAUUCACCCGGUCCCAGUUGGACGUCUUGGAGGCUCUGUUCGCCAAGACCCGCUACCCGGACAUCUUCAUGCGGGAAGAGGUGGCUCUCAAAAUCAACUUGCCAGAGUCCCGUGUCCAGGUGUGGUUCAAGAACCGGCGGGCCAAGUGUCGUCAGCAACAGCAGAGCGGAGGGGGCGCCAAGGCGCGGCCCCCCAAGAAGAAGUCGUCGCCGGCCCGAGAGAGCACGGGUUCGGAGAGCAGCGGUCAGUUCACGCCACCCGCCGUCUCCAGCACGGGUUCGUCCUCGUCCUCUUCGGCGGCGUCCAACCACGCAGCGGCGGCGCUGAGCAGCAGCACGGCUCCGUCCAUCAGCACUGUGUCAUCCAUCUGGAGUCCCGCCAUCUCCCCGGGUAACGCACCCGCUCCGGCCGCCGCUCCCUCGGCCGCCCCGCUUCCCGAGCCCGGCCCGCCCUCCAACGCCUCCUGCAUGCAGCGCUCCAUGUCAGGAUCGGCCACCGCCGCCGCCACCUCGUACCCCAUCUCCUACAACCAGACGGCAGGCUACGGCCAGGGCUACCCAGCCCCUUCCGGCUCCUACUUUGGGGGCGUGGACUGCGGCUCCUACCUGACGCCCAUGCACUCCCACCAUCACCAGCUCAGUCCCAUGGCCGCCUCGUCCAUGUCUGCACACCCGCACCACCACAUCGGCCAGUCCUCGGGACACCCGCACCAUCACCACCCGCAUCACCACCACCAUCCUCAUCAGGCCUACGGAGGCUCCGGGCUAGCCUUCAACUCGUCCGACUGCCUGGAUUACAAAGAUCAGACAGGCGCCUCGUCCUGGAAACUCAACUUCAACGCUUCGGACUGCUUGGACUAUAAAGACCAGACCUCCUGGAGGUUCCAAGUCUUGUGAUCAGUGACUUUUGACCCCCCCACCCCACCUCUUGGGAGAUGGAGCAUUCAGGAGCUGAACUCUGAAAGCUUUGGUACAUUCGCAGGCCAAUGCGUUCAAGAACCGGAGCGUUGAGCAAUCAGAGCACUUGGGAGCCAGAGCAUCCAGAAGCCAGAGAACGGAACUCUAUGAGCCGGAAUGUUCUGGCUCCCGAGUGCUCCGGCUCUUGAAUGUUCUUGAACUGGAGCUCUCAGGAACUGUAAUACUCUGGGUUCAAGAAUUCCGAUUGUGGAGCUGUGGACUCAAAACUCUAGGAGCUGGACUGCUCCUGCUCACAAGUGCUCUUGCUUGAAUGUUCUUGAAGUUAGGAGCACAUGGAAUUCUCAAAGCUGGAGUAUUGUUGUUCCUGAAUGCUCCGUCCUGUUCCUGAUCUUGUGCAAGCUGGAAUUCGAAGAGCCAGAAUGUCCUGAGCCUGAGCGUAGAAUUCUUAGAGUGGGAAUGCACCUGCUUACAAACGCUCUCACUCCUGAAUGUUCAUGAGCUGGAGAAUUGGGUAGCAGGAAAACCUCGGAGCCACUCGGACUUGAAGAAGACAAAAAUGAACAAGGCAAAAAUGUGUGUUUUUUUGGGAGGUGAAAACGACCAGAGAAGCUGUGUGGAAUAUGACUCAAAAAGUUCCCCUUUUUAUUUGUUUUCUUUUUAGAGAUUUUUAGUCAGCGUCUGAGCUGAACGUGUGUAAAUAUGUAUUUGGGUCAGUUCCAAUGACCGCCUUUAGAUGGUGUUUUUUUGCAACUCUUUACUACACAUGUUGGAAGAAAAAUACUGAGGAAAAAAAAUGUAAAUGUUUCCAAAGAGAUUAAAUUGGCCCCUUAAAAAAAGUUUUAUAUAUGAAGCUUUGGUUUUACUCUGAACAAAAAAAAAAUGUUUUUAACAGGAAUCUAAAGUAAAGAAACAAGAUGAAAGGAUUCCACUCGCUUCUUCCUCUCAUCUUUCUUUGGAUUUGUGGUGAUGUUUGAACAAAGCACUUGGCAACACUAACAAAGAAAUAUUUGGAUUCUACAUCUGGUCACUUUGGAGAGCAAACUGCGACUACUCUUCACUUCCUCAAAAUGACUUCUCUUGAGAUGAUGUUGAAUGUAUUUUCGCACCCCCCCCCCCCCAAAAAAAAGGGCGAGAGCACCCUAACUUCCAUGUUCACCCAAUAAAGAUCCCUUCAGUCA